AUUAACUUUUGAUUUAGGAAACACUACUUAAAGAUGGAACCGGUCCUGCAUCUCUAGGAAUUUUGCUUAUAAACCGUAUGAAUGAGUCUGUCUGUCCACCUCUGACGUUGACAUGAAUUGUAAAUAAUACGAGCAAACAAAAUCAAGCAAAAAGUAUGCAAACAAAGGCAUGGGUGUGAGUGAUGGAGGGGGUUCUUUAAAUAUAACCAAAAAUAAGCAAACUUUCAUUAACAACUUAAUUUGAAUUAUUAUUUGCAAAAGAGAAAUAUAGGAUAUGUAAAAACGCAAUAAGUUGAGGAUAUAAUUAAUGGGGUUAGCUUAGAAAUCUUGAAAAUAUUAUAAUCAUUAGAUAGCUUUUACGUUAUUUGAAGACCUAAGAUUAUCAUCAUAUAUCUUGUAUAGAAUUUCAGUUUGAAAUUUCUAGUGAUUUUGCCUAAAUUUGAGUCAUACUUCAACCAUAAACCCCCCUUAAAGCAUAGCCGUAACCAGUAGCACUUUAAGAUAAAUCCCUUAGAUAGUCUGGCGAUAAUAAUGGCCACGAUAGUGAUGAUGGGCUUAUCGCUGCGUCAAAUGGAAGACGCUUAGAUAACUGCGGCCACGAGUGUCGCAUCCAACGCACGCAGAGGCAUCUUGGCCAGAGUCCGUACAUCCGGGCGGGUAGGGAAAGCCAGUCAGUUGGAGGAGUUAGCCGGAGGAGGAAAAAGUGACGCUAAAUAUUAAUAUUUGUGCAGAUAUUGUGGGCAGUGGACUCAGUUGGGUGUGCUUCGCUCAGCGGGAUUGUUUAGAAAGAGAGAUCCCUCUCGAAAAUCUCCUCCAACGACAUAACCAUCUUUGCAGCAGGCUAUCGAAAAUGUCAACAGGCCGCUGAAAUUGGCCUAUAAAUUUUGGCGCUGAUAUUGGAAAGUUACUUUUUUUCCUUUGCAUAUUUAUAGCCGACCGUUGCCCGUUGCAAUUGCGUUGAGUUUUUUGCGCAUAUUUGCGCGUUUUAAUUGCAACGACCACGAAAGCAGCAACAGCAGCAGCAUUGACACCGGCGACGGCGAUAUCAACAGCACCUUCUGGCCGUCACCAUGGAGAAUCUUGGCUACAAGGAGGGCAGCACCAAGCCCCGCCGCAUGACACGUUCGAUCAGCGUCGUUACCAAGACCGAAGUGGAACAGCCGCUCACGGAGAAUAAUGCAAAUAACCGUUUCAAAUCGAUUCCACCCAACCUGAUGGUGCGAUGGCGGAACAACACUGACGCCAUGAUCGAAGCCCAGUAUCCGACCGCUGGAGAAUUCGAAUACAUGGAGUGUGGACCGUCACCGCCGGCGGAGAGUGCGCCGAGCAUGUACGACAGCUUCGAGGAGCCGACCAGCGAGCUAAGUGUCCAAAUAUGCAACGAUACGCUGCGGAUCAGUCUUAUCGACCAGAUGAAGAGUGCCGCCGGCCGAGUGCGCCUCUUCGAGGAUAUCGAGCAGGGCAACGUGGUGGCCGAGAGCAUCCGGACACACUUCGAGGCCGCCUCGAAGCUGGAGAAGAAUCUCAGCUACCUGUGGGCCGCAUAUCUCAAGCGCUGGGAUCUGAUCGAGAGUCUGCUGGAGGCGGGAGCCGAGCUCCACUUUUGCGAUCAGAAUGGCAUAUCUGCCCUACAUCUGGGUGCCUUCAGUGGCUGCCUGGCCACGCUCGGCCUCCUAGUGGCCAAGGGCCUGAAUGUCAAUCUUCAAUCCAAAUGCUACACGCCAUUGCAUUGCGCCGCCUUUGGCAAUGCAGCUGAGGCGGCCAAGUUCCUGAUCAACAAUGGAGCCGAUAUAUCCAAGGAUACUAAUAAACCAAAUUGCGAGGAGAGCCUCUUGCACUGUGCGGUGAGAUCCAAUGCCCUGGAGUGUUUGCAGAUCUUCAUUGGCGAGGGUGCCGAUGUGAACUCGCUCAAGCCAAAUGGCACCAAUGCCAUUCAUCUGGCUGCCGAUCUGGGUAACUUGCAGUGCUUGGAAGCUCUCCUGAAUGCCCCCAAUGCGGAUGCUAAUGUGCGAAUCUGCAUCCGCGAAAAGGAAUCCACAGCCCUGCAUCUGGCAGCAGAUGAGGGCAAUGUGGAGUGCGUCGAUCUGCUGCUGGCCAAGGGAGCUGAUGCCAAGUUGAAGAAUCACCGAGGUUUCACGCCCCUACACUUGGCGGCCAGAACCUCCAGUUUGGAGUGCGUUGAGUCUCUGCUGAGGAACGGCAAUGCCGAUGCCAAUGCCGAGGACUUUGAUCAUCGCACUCCUCUCCAUGCGGCAGUUGGAAAGUCAGAGAAUGCCUAUGACAUCAUGGAGACCCUUAUCCAGUGGGGUGCAAAUGUCAACCACAAGGAUAUCUAUGGGUUUACAGCUCUCCACUUGGCCGCAUUGGACGGCUUAGUGCAGUGUGUGGAGAUGCUGAUAUUCCAUGGAGCGGAUGUGACCACCAAGUCCAAGAAGGGCACCUCCGCUCUGAACGUCAUCACCCGGAAGACGCCUGCUUCGGUGGCCAUGAUCAGGCAGAAACUGGACGCGGCCAUCACGCUGCACCACUCGCAGGACCCCGUGAAUCGUGAGGUGGAACUGGAGCUAGACUUCCGUCAGCUUUUGCAGCAUUGUCAUCCACGCGAGAUCAGUUACCUAAACACCUUUGUCGACGAGGGUCAGAAGGAGAUCCUGGAGCACCCACUGUGCUCGUCGUUCCUUUACAUCAAGUGGGGCAAGAUCCGCAAGUACUACAUCGGCAGAUUGAUCUUCUGCUUUAGCUUCGUGCUCUUCCUCACACUCUACGUGCUGACAGCUCUGGCCCAUAAUUGUUACAAUGGCAGCAAGGACGACAAUACGACUAUCCAGGCGCAGGAGUUGUGCCAGAAACAAUCUAUCCUGGGAGAUAUGCUGAGGAACAACCCAUUCGUGAUGGAGAUGCAGUGGUGGGUGCUGGUUGCCAUCACCAUAGUCGAGAUAUUUAGGAAACUUUACGGUAUAACGGGCUACUCUUCGUUUCGACACUACGUGACGCAAGUGGAGAACAUUAUGGAGUGGUUCGUGAUCACAAGCGUCUUUGUUAUAUCCUAUAUAUACACCAAGCAGACGUACACGUUCCAGAAUCACAUAGGCGCUUUUGCGGUGCUCCUGGGUUGGACGAACCUGAUGCUAAUGAUUGGACAGCUUCCGGUUUUCGAUGUCUACGUGGCCAUGUAUACGAGGGUCCAGGGAGAAUUCGCCAAGCUGUUUAUGGCAUAUUCCUGCAUGCUUAUCGGGUUCACCAUCAGUUUUUGUGUCAUCUUUCCUUCAUCAUCGUCGUUUGCCAAUCCUUUUAUGGGAUUUAUCACGGUACUGGUGAUGAUGAUCGGUGAACAGGACUUGAGUCUAUUGAUUAACGAUCCUGAUGGCAAAGAUCCACCCUUUCUCCUGGAGGUUAGUGCGCAGAUCACAUUCGUGCUGUUCCUACUCUUUGUGACCAUCAUCCUGAUGAACCUGCUGGUGGGUAUAGCUGUCCACGAUAUCCAGGGAUUAAAGAAGACAGCGGGACUAUCGAAGCUUGUGCGUCAGACCAAGCUAAUAAGCUACAUAGAGUCGGCAUUAUUUAAUGGCUAUCUGCCCACCUGGCUGCGGAACUUGCUUCACUAUACAGCUCUGGUUUCACCUCAAGCUUAUAGAGUGGUUUUGUGUGUGAAGCCGCUAAAUCCCAGCGAGAAACGAUUGCCCAGAGACAUCCUUAUGAAGGCGUACGAAGUGGGCAAGAUGCGCAAACACUUCGGGCACACGGUGUCCUCGAAGAAUCCCGCUGAGAACUAUCUAUCGUACAAGAACAAGUACAACAAUAACAAUGGCUGCGCCACCACGGGUUAUGUCCUGCCCGAUGCUGACCCGGAUGGAGGCCAGUUCACAACGCUGACCACCAAAAUCGAUGACAAUGCGGAUCGGAUCGAGUUCCUUACCCAGGAGAUCCAGGAGCUGAAGCAGGCGCUCAUCUCGCAGCAACAGCAGGCCAGCAAAGUGAUCGACAAGCUGCUGAUUGUCAUAUCUAAUCAGCAAAAGCAGAAUCUGCGCAAGUAGCAGUAGCAUUUAGUGCACACUCCGUAUUGGCAUAUUUAUAAACCAGAGUUAGCUCUAUUCUAGACGUAAGGCGGAGGGUUGGUAAGACCCCGAAAAAAACCCAGAACACUGUUGAUAUUAUACCGUAGCAGCGAGUUGUAGUUAAAGAAAUUUUGAUAUCGAUGCGCCUGGCGCCCUAUACAUACGCUAUAUAGCCAUAUACCACACCAUACUAUUAUCCAUACAAAUACUACUAUAACUAGUGAUUAGUUAAAUUAGAGGCGAGCAGUUGGCAGGAUUGAUUUGUGGCUGGUUUCAGGCUGUGUUGUUUUGGCGUUGUCGUCAGAGAAUCGUGUACAUCAUACAUAAUAAUUUAAUGCAAAUUUAUAUUCUUAAUAAAGUAUAUGCUAUAUCUAUUGUUAUUAA